GGGAAGGGCGGACGCAGGACUGUGCCCCUGCUUUCCCAGGUUUUUAGGCCUGGCUUUGUUUCCUCGGCCGUCCGAGGGCAGCAGUAUCCUCUCACCUACCCUCCUCUCAGGGCUGAAGGGGCACAGAAAUGAAAGCAUAGAAAACUAGGGCGGUGCUCACGUGGCGGCGUUUAAAGAACAAAUUUUUAUUACUGUAGCAAUGCAUAAAUACAAAAUGUAAAACUGUAUGGAUAAAGUCCCCUUUGACACUCUUCCUCCUCCCACACUCUCAAUCUUCCCUUUUACUUCGUACCCUCGAGUAAAUCUUUUAACAGUUUGGUACUUCCAGAUCUUUUCGUUUUGUUUGUGUGUGUCUGUGGCGGGGGAGGAGUGUAUCCCUAACCACCAAAAAGUAAUUAUGUAUUUUUUGGAGAGGAGAAUUUUCAUAAAUGGUAUGAUCUGAAUGGUUCUGCAAUUUACAUUUUUCUUCUCCAUGUUUAACAUCCGCGUUGGGACAUGUUUACCCUACUUUAAAAAAAAGUUUCAUAUAGUAUUCUGUAGUUUGAAAGUGCCCUGAUUUCAUAUUAUUCCAGUGAUAGAGUUUUCGGUCGUUUCCAGCUUGUGCUGAUGUUAACUUGAAUGUAUCUUGUGCUUGCUGUGCUAAAUUGUGUUAAACUCAUUCACAUUAAAUCAUCAAUCCUCUUAUCCUGGCUUACCUUCUAGUUGGGGGAGAAACAUCAUUUACAAGUAAACUAGAUAAUUCUCAGAUAUCAAUAAGGUUGGUAGGAAGCAGGCAAGCGUAAAGGUUAAGGGCACAGACUCUAGAAUCCUACUACUUGGGGUUUGAAUCAUGUCAUUUAUAAACUGCAUGAUUUUAGACACAUUGCUUUGAAACGAAUCCAUGUUUCAGUUUGCUUAUGUGUAAAAUAGUGAUGAUAAUAUUAAUAAUAAAAUCUACUUACUGGGGUUGUUGUGUUAAAUUAGUCAAUACAUAGAAGUCACUUAGAAAAGUCCCUAGCUCCAACUGAGGCACAUAUAAAAGUAUCAGCUAUUUUUAUUGUUGUGUAUUUGAGAAUGAGUAAGGACAGAGGAGACUCCUUUAGUACUAGAAGUGCUGUUGUAGACAGAAUGCUAGAAAGAGAAAAAUUAAGAAAAAGUCACACAGUUGGCAGUUCGUCUAUUAGCAUGUUUUGCAGUUGGUAGGGUUUUUUUAAGGUAGGUUCUGAGGAUAGAAAUUUUGGUGAUGUUUUAUUAGCUGAAGGAUGAGUGCCUCUAACAGGUUCCUAGAAAGCAGAAAAAACAGGGGUGGCUUUGCUGCUAUGCUGUUAAGAGAAUCCUUUGAACCACAGAAAACAAAGGGAAUCUAAACUUUCAGAGAACAGUAGUUAGACUCAGCCCAGUUCAUUUAUUUAUUUAAUAAAUUUUUGUUGCAUGCCUGCUGUGUGCCUGUCUAAGGAAUUCAGCAGUGACAGCACCAACUUCACUGGUCUUCUGUGUGUUCCUCAAAUACAUUUAGCCUAUUGCACUAUGGAGCUUUUACAUUUGUGGUUCUCUCUGCCUGGGAUACCUUUCCCUCUAAAAAAGCUAGCUCCUUUCUCCAUCAGUUCUAGGCUCAAAUGGUAGUCCUCAGAAAUGCCUGUCUGACCACUCUAGCUAAAGUAGUCCCAUCAGUAGGCUAGUAAUUCUCUCAUAUGACCCUGUUUAUCUAGAUAUUUAUAACCCUGUAAAAUCAUAUUAUCUGUUUUCUUGUUUAUUAUCUGUAUCCUUUACUGUGUGUAGAUUGCCCUGACCACUGUAUCUCUAUUAUCUGGAAUAAAAACUGACACACAGUGGGUGUUAGUUAUUGUUCCAGAUGCUAGAGAUAACUGGACCAUUAAAUGACAAAUGAGAGAUUCAUUUGUUGAAUGACUGAGGAUGACAGCUUCUGCUACCUUUGAGGAUCUUAGGGUGAUGGGAAGAAACAGAGAAAUAAAUAACAUAGUGUGGUAAGUACUGUGGUAAGGAAAGCAUAGAGCAGGGAUAGUGUCUAACCUAGAUUUAGAAAAGGACCUAGAGGUCUACCCCAACAAAAUAAAAAUCUAAGUUAAGGCUUGAGGAAUCAGUAGGAAUUAGCAAAGGCAGAAAAUGUUCCAGGUGAUAAGAACAGUUUUUUUGCAAAGAUCCUGAGAUAGUAAAGAGCUUGCUGCAUGACUUUAAAAAAAAGUUUGGUGCUCUUUGAGACUUGAAAGUAGGUCAGAAUGAGCCAGUGCUAUUCCCUUCACUACAUCUUGCUGAGGGACCCCUCCAAGCACUGUGUAUUCAUGUCUGGUAGUCACUGCCUCCUUUCCCUCUCAUUCUACCUUUGCACUUGCUCAGUAUUAUUGGUGUUUUUCUUCUUCCAGUUGAAGGAAAAAUUAGCAUUCUUGAAAAGGGAAUACAGCAAGACACUAGCCCGCCUUCAGCGUGCCCAAAAAGCUGAAAAGGUUAAGAAUACUAUUAAGAAAACAGCAGAAGAACAAGAUUGCUUGCCCCAGCAGGAAAUCUCACCACAGCUAAACCACUCAGAACCUAAAAAUGAAGUGUCUCUUUGUGACAAGUUGCAAAUCAACACCCAUUUUGAUGAAAAAACUGGAGAAAAGACAUCUAUCACACUUGAUGUUGAGCCUGGGUCCUUUAACCCUGGAGAUGGCCAAGAAGGAUUAUUUAUACAAAGAACAGAUGACAUCCAGGAACAUCUUUCCCACAGGGCCAGUGGUCCUGAUGGUAGAAAAAGGCAGAGUAAGAUGCCAGGCAGGAGCAAGAAGCCGCAGAAGAGAACAUUUAUUUCACAGGAGAGAGAAUGUGUCUUUGACACUGAUUCACUCAUACUCUCUAAAAAAAGACUACAGGGAGAAAUCUGUAGCAAAAAUCGUAAGUCACCGGUAACUGAAAUAAGAACUCACCUUUCAAAUUCUCCCAAGUCCGAACUUCCAGAUUGUCCAGGACCAGUUACAGAAACUGAUGGAGAGGGUGUAUUAAUUCCACCAACUGCCAAACCAGAAGGAAGUGUUGAUACACUCCUAAGAAGUACUAAUUUCCCCAAGGAGACUAUUAUUCCUUUGCAUACUUCAUCAGAUAGCAGUAAUAGUCAGUACCUUGAACAUAAGCCUCCUGAAGGUAACUGUGAACUUAUUAUUCAGGGCUUAAAAAAUGUUAGCCUUGCUUCAUCUGUAAACUUAGAGGCACAAAGCAAAAAAAUGACUAUAUUUACAGAGUUCCCAUUAGUAAAUAAAGCUAUAAGUGCAAGUGGUCAGCUAUCUAGAAGUCACAAUUUAGAGGCAGAUAAUUCAUGUUCUAUAAAUGAAGUCACUUACAAUAACUUAUCAGCAAAUGAAAACCAAAACUUAAAAGAACAAAAUCAUACAGAGACAUCUUUACAAUCUUCCAGUAAUGCUCUUGAUGGUAGAAAUGAAUGUCUUCAGGAAAAUGAGGCUCUAGGUCAAUCUAAGAGUCUUGGCCUAGAAGCAAUCUCUCCUGUUUCUACAGAAAAUCAAAUAUAUUCUUGCACAAUGCUUGAAGGCCUUCUGUUUCCUGCAGAAUAUUAUGUUAGAACAACACGACACAUGUCAAACUGCCAGAGAAAAGUAGCUCUGGAGGCUGUAAUUCAAAGUCACCUGGGUGUCAGGAAAAAAGGAUCUAAAAAUAAAAAUAAGAAAGCAAGUGAAAAUUUAUACCUUUCCAAUGAGAAAACUGACCAAAGUGAAAUUAGGUUGUCUGACACAUAUACAGGACAAUCAAGUUCAAGAAGUCCUCAGAAACUUCUCUCAUUAACUGAAGUCAAGUCUCCCACUGGGCCCACUGAAGAUAAUGAUUUUUCUAGGAAGGCAGUUACCCAGCUAACUGGCAGAAGACACAGAGGAAAAAGAAAAUCAAUCUGCCUCUCAGCAUUAGAUCACCAUGAACAACUUUUGCCAACUUCUGGCACCUUGGACAUUAACAGUUCUGGGGAGGAAGUCAUCUUGCACAAAUAUGGGAACAAAACAGCGAUUAUUCAUGCUAAGAGGAAAGUUCAAGGGAAGGAAGGUCAUCGUCAAAAAGAGGACUUCCUGUCUUCCAGUGAUAAUGCUUACUUAUCUUUGGACAAUGAUGCUUUCAGUGUUCAUUUUCAUAAAAACAGAAUGCUGAGUUUAAAGCAACUGUCAUCUUUUCUCAAUAUCACAGACUUUCAGUUACCUGAUGAAGACUUUGGGCCUCUUAAGCUUGAAAAACUGAAAUCAUCCUUAGAAAGAUUGAUUGAACCUUUUGAAUCAAAUAUUUAUGGAGAGAGGCAUCUUAAGAAGGAAAAUUGUAUUACUAUUCUGGAGGAACUGAUUCCUAAACAAAUAGACACAGAAAUAGAGGACUUGGAAAAGGAACUUACUGUUCUACCAGGAAAAGCACAUCCUAAAAUGUCAGAUCUAAAAAGCCAGCCUACAAAUAAGGACCUCUCUUCAUCCAUAUUGCUUUUCACUCCCUUAAAUACACUUGCACCUGAGGAAAGUGACAGACCUACUGCUGACAUGUGUUCGCCUGCUUUCCCCAUCUUAGGUACUACUCCAGCUUUUGGCUCCCAAGCAUGCUAUGAAAAAGUGUCUACAGAGGGUGUCGGACAAACUUGCUCUACACCCCAGGUUUCUCUCUUGAAAGACACAGUCAGUCUUGCUGGUGAUAGUACAACCAGCCCACCAAAACUGGUUACCAGCCUGCAUGUGUCAGGUAGGCAAAGACCACCUACCUGUGACUGUGACUCUGGGCCCCAAACAACACCUCUGCCUGUUGAGUCAUUCACUUUCAAAGAAAAUCAGCUCUGUGGAAAUACAUGCCAGGAGUUAUGUAAACAUUCCAUUGAACAGACUGAAAUAGCAGAUCUUCCUGCUUGUGAUAGCUUAAACCCAGGCUACCUACAAUUGGUUUCAAAGUUAAAGAAUCCUUCAGGUUCUUGUUCUGUGGAUGUGAGUGCCAUGUGGUGGGAAAGAGCUGGUCUUAAAGAGCCAUGUAUCAUAACUGCUUGUGAAUAUGCAGUUUCUCUUUGGAAACCCCUGGACACUUGGCAGUGGAAAAACAUUUAUACUUGGCACUUCACGGAGGUUCCGGUAUUACAAAUAGUUCCAGUGCCUGAUGUUUGUAAUCUUGUGUGUGUAGCUUUGGGAAAUUUAGAAAUCAGAGAAAUCAGGGCAUUAUUUUGUUCCCCUGAUGAUGGAAGUGAAAAGCAGUUGCUACUGAAAUCUGGAAAUAUAAAAGCUGUGCUUGGCCUAACAAAGAGGAGGCUAGUUAAUAGCAGUGGGACCCUUUGUGAUCACCAAGUGGAAAUCAUGACAUUUGCAGAAGAUGGAGGAAACAAAGAAAAGCAGUUUUUGAUGCCCCCUGAGGAAACUGUACUAACUUUUGCUGAGGUCCAAGGGAUGCAGGAAGCUCUGCUAGGUACUACUGUCAUGAACAACAUUGUUAUUUGGAAUUUAAAAACUGGUCAACUUCUGAAAAAGAUGCACAUUGAUGAUUCUUACCAAGCUUCAGUCUGUCACAAAGCCUAUUCAGAAAUGGGGCUCCUAUUUGUUGUUCUGAGUCAUCCUUGUGCCAAAGAGAGUGAGUCGUUGGGAAGUCCUGUGUUUCAGCUGAUUGUGAUUAACCCUAAGACGACCCUGAAUGUGGGUGUGAUGCUGUACUGUCUUCCUCAAGGGCAGGCUGGAAGGUUCCUGGAAGGUGACGUGAAAGAUCAUUGUGCAGCAGCAGUCUUGACUUCUGGAGCAAUUGCCAUUUGGGACUUACUUCUUGGUCAUUGCACUGCUUUCCUUCCACCUGUCCCUGACCAAAAUUGGUCUUUCGUGAAAUGGUCAGGUACAGAUUCUCAUUUGCUGGCUGGACAAAAAGAUGGAAAUAUAUUUAUAUACCGCUACUUGUAAGUUAGGGUAAGAUGGAAAAUUCUUACUAUUGUACCAAAAUACAAUUCUCUGGGUAUACUUGUAUUCUUAGUAUUUUUUGGAGUUGGAAGCAUAAAGGAGAAUGUCUGCAUGACAUUUAUAAUAAUUGAUGUAUACAUCCAGACAGACUUAUUUUUCUUCUCGUGGUGGCACCACUGAUCUCGAAUGUUUGGUGGGGAAAUACUUUGUUGGGGAAAAGGGUUUUAAGUUGAUUUUUGUAAUUCCCACAUUUGCACAUUUGUUUUUUAAGGUGUAUAUAAAGCUUCAGAUGUCAAUAAAUAUUUAUUUUGAUACAUUCUGCUUGGCAUAUUCUUUAUUUUCCCAUUGUAUUAAGGUCACUUUCAGAAAUAAGAACUAAUUAUUAUCCAAUUAGAAUAUUUAACACAUUAACUGCCACAUGAGAUGUAUUUAACACAA